AUGACUUCGGAUUGUAACGUCACCCUGGACCAACAACCUGCACCGAGUGACGAUUUCACAAACCAGGUGUAUUUUAGUUACGCGCAGAGGCAGGUGAUCGCAGCGGUCCUUGCACUAGUCUCUACCGUGGGACUCUUCGGUAACUCCUUGGUUAUUAUUGCUGUUGUCCUCUCCAAGCGUCUUCACCGUACGACCAACCUCUUCGUCCUGAACCUGGGCCUGACGGACUUGCUUACUUGUGCCUUCCUCCCCGUGCAGUCCGUGGCAGUCCUGAGCGAGUGUGUCUCGCCUUUGCUGGGCACCGUCUGCGCCUUUGUUGGGUUCCUGAGUGUCACCUGCUUGUCCUGCAGCAUCAACAAUCUCCUGUGCAUCGCUCUCAAUCGCUUCUUCCUCAUCAUCAAGGAUCGCAGCACCUAUCGUCGGAUCUACCGGCUCCGUAACGCCGUCCUCAUGAUGCUAGCCACCUGGCUGAUACCCAUCGCCACUGUAGCGAUCCCGGCCUUGACCGGGUAUAUCACCCUCGGUUUUGACCCCAAGGAUUCCUCCUGUUCAUGGGUUGCCUCCAAGUCCAGCCCCAACUACAGCUACGUCAUCUUCGGUACCUGCAUCCCGCUCCAGUUCACCCUCAUCAUCUGGAGCUACACUCGGGUCUUCAGUUUCAUCCGAAGACACACCAAAUCAGUGGCCCACUUAGAGAAAGCUGCCAAGCCACGACCGACGACCCUCCACGUAUCCGAGGUGAGCAGCCGAGACGAAACGAAGGAGGAACCCCUGCCCCGGCGCUGUCAGCCUUUCAAGCUCCAGUAUGAGGUCACCAAGAACCUUUUCCUGGUCUUAGUGCUCUUCAUGAUUUGCGUGACCCCCUUCGGAGUUUCCCUUGCCCUCGCGGCCUUGGACAUCUCCGGUACCGGCAGGGCGUUACCUUUCACCGCUACGUUAUUGACUAUCAACAGUUGCCUCAAUCCGAUCAUAUAUGCCUUAAAGCACCCUCAUUUUCAAAUUGUUUUUCGGUGUAUCCUGAGAGGACAGUUUUCAAAGAUACCCGAUCGAAUCAAGUUUCCGUAA